AUGGCAGGAAGAGGACGUGGAGGAAUACAUGGAGGAUUUAUAUCUGGAUUUGGUCCUCUCGGCUCUGCAGGACUACUGGGAAGUGGAGGCAUUGCAUCCCAACUUGGCUCAGGAGGACUACUCGGGGGUGGCGGACGUGGAGGUGCUCCACGUAUUCUCCGAUGGACACCUACAAAUGAAGGCAAAGGGACUCAACUUGGCGUAGAAGGACUUCAUGGUGGUGGAGAAAUGCAUGAAGUUGCAGCCAUGACAGGGGAACUUGGAGGUAUAGGGCCUUCACCGAGUCGUGGAGAGUUACCUGUUGUUGGAGGUACCGAAGGUCAGCUUAGCCAUGGACGUGGUGGUCCUCCUCAUGCACCUAGUCCUGGAAAGCUACCAGAAUUGAGGCCUAAACCUGGCUCAGGAGUGCCAACAAUGGUUGGACAUGGCAAGGCAUGUGGGGGUUGUUACCCUGUCCUAACCUGUUGCCUUAACUUCUUUUGCUGUUGUUGGAGAGGCCCAAUGGGCUUACAAGGGCGUUCAGGACCAAUGGGGCCUCCUCGACUCUGAUUUAUUAUUUUAAAAUCCUUGCAUUAAAUUCCAUAAUGUACAUACUUAAAACAUGAAAAAUGGUCAUUCUGUAACGUAUUCUUUUAAACUAAACUGGCAUACAAAGUGACGACCUCAUCCUAUUCCUAUCUGCAUUCAAAGCUGAAGUUGAUGCUUUCUGAAA